AUGUACCGUGCAAACGCGCCUGCUCCGCCACGCGACAUUUCCCGCAGCCUGGUCUUUUCAUCUUGCAUCUUGCAUCUUGCAUCAUCAUUCCUCUUGGUCGUUGAUUUCGUUAAACAUUCGAAAAUGCAUGAUUUAUCUUUGUUGCGCGGUGUCGCAUACAGCUGCGCCCUGGCCGCCGGGCUAGCUGGUGUUGGUUGCAGGCCACCGUCGCAAACAUACGACAGCGACACUGAUGCAAACGAAGGUAGCGACACCGACACCGAUGCAAACAAAGGCAGCGAUACCAAACAGUCCCAGCGCUUGCAAGACAGCUUAAAUGAGCUUCAGUCCUCCUUGGAAGCCUAUAUGAGUGACACGCAGCAACAUCGACAUCAAGACGACGUUUCUGCCGUCAAAGAGUUGGCCACAAGUUGCAAGACUCUGUGCGGUCGUAUCCUGGCUGCCGUCCACACGAUCCGAGGACCCAAGCGUGUUGGUACCUCACUGAAUACUUGGAGAUCGUCGCUUCCCGCCGUAAGGACCUCGCGCCAGGCAUUUGAACUUCGGAAACUCUCAGAGAGACUGCAAGACGUGCAAACCAUCCUGGCUUUGCAACUGAACAAAAUAUCGAGCCGCAAGCUUCAAUGUCGAAAGUCUGACAGGCUCAAGUCCAUAUCCGGCUUGCUGCGCACUCUUGAGACGAGGCUCCGCGCCUUGCAGCACGACUCGUCCCAAAAUGCGCCUUCUCUUGAUGACAUUGCCCUCUUCCAGAGCCAAAUACAACACAUCACAGACCAGCAACAACACAUCCAACGGGACCAUGCCGUAUUAAAGAGUCUCGCUUUUCGAAGCAAUGUCGCUCGGCACGACACCAUCCCCGCCGCCCAUCAAAGGACAUUUGCCUGGGUCUUUGCCGCCUCUCCGCGCCAAGACACCGAUUCGUCUUCCCCUGGCUUGCGGGUAUGGCUGGAGCAAGGCAGCGGUAUUUUCUGGGUGUCUGGCAAGCCCGGCGCCGGUAAAUCAACGCUGAUCAAGUACAUCGCCGACGACGCGCGUACACAAGAAGCCCUUUCAAAGUGGUCCGCACCGAAAAAAAGCGUAAUCGUCAGCCACUAUUUCUGGUGCGCGGGCACGCUAUUGCAGAGAUCGCACAAUGGGCUUCUGCAGACCCUACUCUUUGAUAUGCUGCGGCAGCUGUCCGACGCCAUACACUUGUUGCUGCCAGAACGCUGGCGCGCGCCAGAGGCUGCGGUCUGGACCCUGGCCGAUCUGCAUCAGGCACUCGAGUCUAUUGUGCAGCAUCCGCACCUGCCAGUCAAACUCUGCUUCUUCAUUGACGGACUCGACGAGUUUCAAGGCGACCAUCUCGCGCUCUGUCACGAGCUGCUGGCGCUCAGCAAGUCGGACAAUGUCAAGCUAUGUCUUUCGAGCAGGCCGUGGAGUGUAUUCGAAGAGGCAUUUGAGGACGGAAAGAGAGGCCAUUUACGCUUGCACGAUGUUACCAAGACUGAUAUUGUGCAUUUUGUCUUGGAUCGAUUCGCGCAAUACCCAGAAAUAACGAAAAACUUGACACUCGACGACUUGACUAUCAUAGCGCUAGAGAUGAGCGAAAGAUCGCAAGGGGUCUUUCUUUGGGUAUCACUUGCUACAAAAUGCCUUCUAGAGACUCUGAUGGUGGAGGAUUCAUUAUCCAGUCUCCUCAACAGGCUGCGCCAAUAUCCACCAGAGUUGGAUGACUUGUUCACCUACAACCUCGAAGCUAUCCCGACGAGCAAGCAAGCUAGGAUGGCCACGUCGUUUCUCAUCACUCAAGUAGCAGAAAAGCCUCUAGACCUUGGUAUGUACUACUUUCACGAGAUGGAGUUUAGUGAUCCCGACUAUGUUCUGACACUGUCUCCUGACCCUCCAAGCAGACUAGAGUACAGGCGUCAGCUGUCGCAUACCACACACCAACUCGAGACUCUCUGCCGCGGUCUUGUAGCUGUAGAUCAAAAGACCAAAGUAGUCAACUGUCUACACCGCACCGUUAGGGACUAUCUAGAUCAACCACAGACCAAGGACCUACUAAACAGCAAGGCACCGUUGGGCUUCGCCCCGAGUCUGUGCCUUUUGAGGGCCGCUGCCGCGUGGGCCAAGUCCAGUAGAGCCACUAUGUCAGAAGAGCCCAGAUCCGAGUUUGUAUCAAGCAUCACGUCGCUGCUGGCCGCCGCUGCCCAGUUGCAGGGCGCGGAGGACGUCGCUCUCUGCCACCGGCUCCUCGACCAUCUCGACGGCUGCCUGGUCGCCAAGGGACCGGGCGCUGAGGAAAGCUUGCAGAUACUUCGAGCCCAAGUUGUUGGGCACAGAGUAUGGAAGUAUCUGUCCGGUGUUGACGCGCGUCGGCCUCGAUACUUUGCGGUGCUCGAGGUCCCGCCCCUGGUGCUGGCCCUCUUCCCCGAUUACGAGAUUGGCGAGGUGCGCGAACGCCGACCACGCUGGGACUAUGACACCAGACAAACAGUCACUUGUCUCCUGGAGCAAGGACAGGACCCUAACAAGCCCUUCUCCACGGCAGAAACGCUGGGCACCAAGAUGGAGAAGACACCGUGGAGUGUGCUGUGCGAGCACGUCCUGCCGCAGCAUGACGAGGCGCACACAGGCACGAUCAGAAAGGUGCAGGCGCAGCUCAUGGCAGCUUUAGACACUGGCAUUCUCGCCGCAUUUCUGCGCCAUGGAGCCAAUGCCAACGCGCGGUGUGAGCGCCCGGGAAAGCCCGUCAGCGUCGCCGCGACUGACUACCUGCUUCAUGCGUUUCGUCUCUGCAAGGACGAGGAUCAAGUCUUGAAGGCGCUCUAUCUGGAGCAUGUGCACUGGUUUGCGCCCAAGGAUCGUGAUUACCUGAGCGCGGUGAUGGAUGACUUUUCCCGAUUGAUGGAGAAAACUCGGGGACAGAACGGGUCGGCGUUUCUCCAGCAAAUGUCUGAGAAGCUGCUGGCAACUCCUACCCAACUACAACAUGGGGACAGAUGA